AUGCUCCCACACCUUGAGGAGCACCCAGUGUAUACCCUGUUACCCACCGUGGACCCAGACGGUGAGGAGUAUUCAGUUGAUAUUUUGUCACCAACCGUGCUUCCAGACCUUGAGGAGUACCCAGUGUAUACACUGUCAUCCACCAUGCUCACAGACAACCUUGAGGAGUCCCCAGUGUAUACCCUGUCAUCCACCGUGCUCCUAGAUCGUGAGGAGUACCCAGUGUAUACCCGGUCUCACACCGUGCUCCCAGACUGCGAGGAGUACCAAGUAUAUACCCUGUCAUUCACCGUGCACCCAGACAACCUUGAGGAGUCCCCAGUGUAUACCCUGUCAUCCACCGUGCUCCUAGAUCGUGAGGAGUACCCAGUGUAUACCCGGUCUCACACCGUGCUCCCAGACUGCGAGGAGUACCAAGUAUAUACCCUGUCAUUCACCGUGCACCCAGACAACCUUGAGGAGUCCCCAGUGUAUACCCUGUCAUCCACCGUGCUCCUAGAUCGUGAGGAGUACCCAGUGUAUACCCGGUCUCACACCGUGCUCCCCAGACUGCGAGGGAGUACCAAGUAUAUACCCUGUCAUUCACCGUGCACCCAGACAACAAGACUCCCAGACCGUAAGGAAUGCCGAGUUUGUACCCUGUCACCCACCGUGUUCCCAGCCCGUGAGGAGUCCCCAGUGUAUACCCUGUCACCAAUGGUGCUCCCAGACCGUGAGGAGUACCCAGUGUAUACCCUGUCAUCCACCGUGCUCCCAGGCUACCGUGAGGAGUACCCAGUGUAUACCCUGUCAUUCACCGUGUUCCUAGACCGUGAGGAAUCCACAGCGUAUACCCUGUCAUCCACCGUGUUCCCAGAUCGUGAGGAAUACCCAGUGUAUACUCUGUCAUCCACCAUGCUCACAGACCACCGUGAGGAGUGCCCAGUGUGUACCCUGUUACCAACCGUGCUCCCAGACCGUGAGGAAUACCAAGUGUAUACCCUGACAACCACCGUGCUCCCAAAAAGUGAGGAGGACCCAGUGUAUACCCUGUCAUCCACCAUGAUCGCAGACCGUGAGGAUUACCCAGUGUAUACCCUGUCACCCACCGUGCUCCCAGACAAACGUGAGAAAUACCGAUUGUGUACUCUGUCACCCAACGUGCUCCUUGACCGUAAGCAGUCCCCAGUGUUCACCCUGACAUCCACCGUGCUCCCAGACCACCGUGAGGAGUGCCCAGGGUAUACCCUGUUACCAACCGUGCUCCCAGACCGUGAGGAAUACCAAGUGUAUACCCUGUCAACCACCGUGCUCCCAAAAAGUGAGGAGUACCCAGUGUAUACCCUGUCAUCCACCAUGAUCACAGACCGUGAGGAAUACCCAGUGUAUACCCUGUCACCCACCGUGCUCCCAGACAGUGAAGACUACUCAGUGUAUACGCUGUCACCCAUCUUGCUCCUAGACCACCAUGAGGAAUCUCCAGCGGAUACCCUGUCAUCCACCGUGUUCCCGGACCACCGUGAGAAAUACCGAUUGUGUACUCUGUCACCCAUCGUGCUCCUUGACCGUAAGCAGUCCCCAGUGAACACCCUGACAUCCACCGUGCUCCCAGACCGCGAGGUAUGCUGUCACCCACCGUACUCCCAGAUCGUGAGGAAUAACCAGUACCGUGAGGAGUGCCCAGGGUAUACCCUGUUACCAACCGUGCUCCCAGACCGUGAGGAAUACCAAGUGUAUACCCUGUCAACCACCGUGCUCCCAAAAAGUGAGGAGUACCCAGUGUAUACCCUGUCAUCCACCAUGAUCGCAGACCGUGAGGAAUACCCAGUGUAUGCCCUGUCACCUACCUUGCUCCUAGACCUCCGUGAGGAGCCCCAAGUGUAUACCCUAUCAUCCACCGUGCUCUCAGACCAUGAGGAAUCUCCAGCGUAUACCCUGUCAUCCACCGUGUUCCCGGACCGUGAGGAGUACCCAACAAGACUCCCAGACCGUAAGGAAUGCCGAGUUUGUACCCUGUCACGCACCGUGUUCCCAGCCCGUGAGGAGUCCCUAGUGUAUAAUCUGUCAUCCACCAUGCUCCCAGGCCAUGAAAAAUACACAGUGUGUACCUUGUCAACCACCGUGCUCCCAGACUGUGAGGUGUACAAAGUGUAUACCCUCUCACCCACCGUUCUCCAAGAGCACGAGGAGUCCACCGUGUAUACCUUGUCAUCCACCCUUAUCCCAGACCGUGAGAAGUCCCCAGUGUAUACCCUGUCACCCACCGUGCUCCCAGACCGUAAUGAGUCACCAGUGUAUACCCUGUCAUUCACCGUGGUUCCAGACCAUGACGAGUACCCAGUAUAUACCCUAUCACACACAGUGAUCCGAGACCGUGAGGAGUACCCAGUGUGUACCCUGUCAACCACCGUGCUCCCAGACCGUGAGGAGUACCCAGUGUAUUACCUGUCACCCACCGUGAUCCCAGACCAGCAUGAGGAGUACCCAGUGUAUACCCUGUCAUCAACCAUUAUCCCUGACCGUGAGGAGUCCCCAGUGUACACCCUGUCAUCCACCUUCCUCCCAGACCGUGAGGUAUACCCAGUGUGUACCCUGUCAACCACCCUGCUCCCAGACCGUGAGGAGUACCCAGCGUAUACCCUGUCAUCCACCGUUCUCCUAGAGCGUGAGGAGUACCCAGUGUUUACCCUGUCAUCCACCGUGCUCCCAGACCGUGAUGAGUACCCAGUGUUUACCCUGUCAUCCACCGUGCUCCCAGACAGUGAGGAAUACCCAAGGUAUACCCUGUCAUCAACUGUGCUCCCACACCGUGAGGAGCACCUAGUGUAUACUCUGUCACCCACCAUACUCCGAGACCGUGAGGAAUGCCAAGUUUGUACCCUGUCACCCACCGUGCUCCUAGACCGUGACGAAUAUCCAGUGUAUACUCUGUCAUCUACCCUGCUCCCUGACCGUUAG